CCCAAGCGCGGCUUUUAAGCUUUAUAAAGUUCCUCUUUCCUACCUCGGAGGCUUAGUUUCACUGCUUGGACUUGGGACUCACCGCUGUCCUCAGCUCAAGUCCGGGCGAGCGCAGAGCGAGUGCCGGAGCGGAGCCUGGAUUGCGAAGGGACAGCAUCGGCGCGCGGGGCAUGAACCUGGAGGGCGGCAGCCGAGGCGGCGAGUUCGGCAUGAGCUCCGUGAGCUGCGGCAACGGGAAGCUCCGCCAGUGGCUCAUCGACCAGAUCGACAGCGGCAAGUACCCGGGGCUGGUGUGGGAGAACGAGGAGAAGAGCAUCUUCCGCAUCCCCUGGAAGCACGCGGGCAAGCAGGACUACAACCGCGAGGAGGACGCCGCCCUCUUCAAGGCUUGGGCACUGUUUAAAGGGAAGUUUCGAGAAGGCAUCGACAAGCCAGACCCUCCCACCUGGAAGACACGCCUGCGAUGUGCUCUGAACAAGAGCAAUGACUUUGAGGAGCUGGUGGAGCGGAGCCAGCUGGACAUCUCGGACCCCUACAAAGUGUAUCGGAUUGUCCCCGAGGGAGCCAAGAAAGGAGCAAAGCAGCUGACCCUGGAGGACCCACAGCUGCCCAUGAGCCACCCGUACAGCAUGCCGGCCCCUUACUCCUCGCUGCCUGCUCAGCAGGUUCACAACUACAUGAUCCCGCCCCACGACCGGGGCUGGAGGGAGUUCGUCCCCGACCAGCCGCACGCAGAGAUCCCAUAUCAGUGUCCCAUGACCUUCGGACCCCGCAGCCACCACUGGCAAGGCCCAGCCUGUGAAAAUGGUUGCCAGGUCACAGGAACCUUUUAUGCUUGUGCCCCGCCUGAGUCCCAGGCCCCCGGGAUCCCCAUAGAGCCAAGCAUAAGGUCUGCUGAAGCCUUGGCCCUCUCAGACUGCCGGCUCCACAUCUGCCUCUACUACCGGGAAGUCCUGGUCAAAGAGCUGACCACGUCCAGCCCCGAGGGCUGCCGGAUUUCCCACGGCCACACCUACGAUGCCAGCAGCCUGGACCAGGUCCUCUUUCCCUACCCGGAGGACAACAGCCAGAGGAAGAACAUCGAGAAGCUGCUGAGCCACUUGGAGAGGGGCGUGGUCCUCUGGAUGGCCCCCGACGGGCUUUAUGCCAAGAGACUGUGCCAGAGCAGGAUCUACUGGGACGGGCCCCUGGCACUGUGCAGCGACCGGCCCAACAAACUGGAGAGAGACCAGACCUGCAAGCUGUUUGACACGCAGCAGUUCCUAUCAGAGCUGCAGGCGUUCGCGCACCACGGCCGGCCGCUGCCGAGGUUCCAGGUGACUCUGUGCUUCGGGGAGGAGUUCCCAGACCCUCAGAGGCAGCGUAAGCUCAUCACUGCCCACGUUGAGCCUCUGCUAGCCAGACAGCUCUACUAUUUUGCUCAGCAAAACAGUGGACACUUCCUGAGGGGCUACGACCUGCCCGAGCACGCCGGCGGCCCGGAGGACUUCCACAGGCCCCCGCGCCACUCCUCCAUCCAGGAGUGAGGGCCCCGGGCGGGAGAUGGCGCACGCGUAAAUAUGCGCGAGGGGGCGGCUGGCUGAGCCCCUGCUCUUUCUCUGCGAAAUGUGGGAACGGGGGCUUCAGUCCCACCCCUGAGGAGAACAUUGGUAGAAAAUCAACUUGACAGAUGAGCUUUUUCCAGAAGAAAGAAUGGUUUUCAGGGUCUUCUGUGGACCCCGAUGAUAAUGUGAAAACUCAUCAUCAUGUGGUUUACAUUUACUGACUUGCUGUCUCCAGUCUGAUGUGGACUCUUUCUUGCAUGAAGACUGAGAAACCUGUGCUUCAUCGCUGACCGCCAGGAUGGCACGAAGGUACCCAAGUGCCAGUCUGUUUCUCAGGGAAGUAGAACCUACUGUUCUGCCCAGAGGAGGAGUGUGCCGGCCGCUGUGGAUGGCGCACCUCCAGAUGCUGAUGGGAAGACAGACCCGGCCCUGGGGGUCCCCACCUUCCUGGGGCCCCUCCCUGGGUGGCCCGCCGCCUGCUGUCUGCACCCCCAGGCCCGGAGCUCAGCUGGUGUGACCCUGCGGUGCUUCUCGAGCCAAAAGCAUCAGGGCCACCCUAAGUGCCGUGUUUUGUCACCUCAUACUGACUGGUUAAGAUACUUUUUGUUUGUCUUUUUGUCUCUCAUGCUAUAGAAAUUAUUGCUAUAGCAAAAAGAGAAAGAUUGACAGAUCAACAACCCAAGACGUAUUUCUGAAGCUUGGUGCACGUCUCCCCUCUUGUCCUGUUUGUUAGGAGACCGGCCACCAUGGCAACACUAAGAGGAGGAGUGCCCGCCUGCCGGGGGAGAGCCCUGCGCGAGGGCAGGACAGGGCUCUGCAGAUUGAGCAACGGCAGGCCAGGGGAGCUGUUUUUGCUUACUUUGUAUAUUAUACGCUUCCUCAUGCCAGUGACCGCUUGACAGGGCCUUAAAAUUAUUGGGCUAUUUCCAAACACGGCUUUUUAUAGAAUCACUAAGAUAUCUAAUUGCUUAAGUGAACCUGACCACUUCUUUGCUCUUCCUUUUGGAAGAGUACAGAUGUUUGGCCCAUGGUCUAGCAGUUUAUUUCUGUCCUACUAGGAAGUAACUGCCAUAACUUAGGCUCAGUGUAUGAACUGAUGAUUCUCUUAUUCUAGGCUGUGUCUUUAAGUAAUUCAACAAACUUGCAUUAGACAGAUUGUAGCUUUUAUCCAGAGAAGGCAAUGGCACCCCACUCCAGUACUCUUGCCUGGAAAAUCCAAUGGACGGAGGAGCCUGGUAGGCUGCAGUCCAUGGGGUCGCGAAGAGUCAGACAUGACUGAGCGACUUCACUUUCACUUUUCACUUUUAUGCAUUGGAGAAGGAAAUGGCAACCCACUCCAGUGUUCUUGCCUGGAGAAUCCCAGGGAUGGGGUCGCACAGAGUCGGACACGACUGAAGUGACUUAGCAGCAUCAGCUUUUAUCCAGCUUAGUAAGCAAUGAAGGCUGGAAGUGUCAUUUCUUCUUUUUUUUUUGAAAACGUUUUUAGGGAUAAAAUAAUACAUAUUACCCACAGAAGUGUUAAACAGUAUAAAAAAGCAAAACCCAAAGAGAAUCUUCCUUUUUUUCCAAUCCAAAUCCUCCUCCUUAUAGGUGCCCACAAGAAGAAUUUGAUUCUUCCAGCAGAUUUUACUUUUCUAUAGAUAGACACAAACCUAAAAAAUCUCGGGGGUCCUUCGUGCACCCAGAGGUGUGGAUUCACCUGCGCCUGGGGUGCUCCUGCCGAGCCCAACUUGAGGCCCUCAGCGAGGUUUAAGCGGUUCAUUACCCACACGGAGUCCACCCCUUCCGACAGUAGAUUGUACUCCGUGGGCCACAGUGACUUAUGCAUCUUAUAGAUGUGAGCAUCUGGGGUACAUUACCCCCAGGGGGCAGGAGACUGCGGGCCACAGCAUGGCUCUGCCGCGUGUGGCCGGCGCCCCACCCUCCAAGCAGACGAGCGAGCCCCUCGUCUCCUUUUCCAGCACGAAGCUGCUCUGACUCGAGCUCCGUGUCUGGCAGAUGCUGUUGGCCGGGGCCACACCCGUCCAUGAGCACAGCGCGCGUGAGCGGCAGCUUUCUGUGGUCUAGGGGAUCCACAGCGUGGGGCGGUAGGUAGAACACCAUGAAGCAGGCCCGGUGAGGGACCCCGAUGUGGGCUCAGUGUGUUAGUGGAGGGUGCUGUCAAGUUUAGGCCCUUGUUAUCUGGAAGAGUUUUAGGUCCGCGGGGAAGGUCUCGGGGGCGCCCCUGGCUUGUUUCUUGUUCCUGAGGUUUGGUCACACUGUGGGCAGACCAGCAUCUUCUGGAGCACCACAGAGAGCUCCUUCACACCAUGGCUUCGGAAGCUCCUGUCACCACGCGGAGACCCCGCCAGGUGGUCGGUUUGUGAUGGAGAAACUGAUCCAUGUGGCCCAACAAGCCUAUAACCGUGGGGACCUCCUGAGUCCAGCAGUGCCCUGCAUGAGCAGAGAGGCAUCCACGGGCUCAGCUGUGAACAAGGCUUUUGUCCCGGUCACUGCGAACAAGCCUGGGUGCAGGUCUGACAUGGGCUGUGUCCUCAGGCUGGUGAUGGGGUUGUGUCCCCAGGGAAGGUUGCACCAGUGAAGGUCUUUUAUUUCUGUGAAUCAUUUUAUUAGCGAAAAUCCAGACACAGCAUAAGCCCUUCCAUUCUCCUGCGGUCACAUCACCCCGCUUCCUCCACAGGCAAUUCUCCUCUGAAGGUGCUGAGCUUCCUUAAGCUCAGCAUCUUUGUUACCUGUCUCCCUAAACAGCUGUAGCUCACGUGGGCUGUCCUGCCGUGUGCAUCGUCUUGCAACUCGCCUCUUGGGCCCCAACUCGGAGCUGGACACAUGUCAGUGUUUGGGGGGUGGUCUCCUCUAGCCCUGUUUACUGUUGUGGAAGACUGUGAGGGCCGCUUCCCGGUUUCUCUUUUCACGACUUUUAGGAAGGCAAGUGUGUGGAGCACAGCUGACGCGCAGGAGAGACAGGCCAGCCUCUUCCAGGGCAAACUCUCUGUUAACCUCUUGGGGAGGGGGCUUUGCAGGUUCAGUGGGUCUCCCACCACCCAACCUCCCUCCUGGGACUGUUCCAGGCUGAACAGUCCUUGGACAAUUGUACAUAAUCUUAUGAAUUUUGCUGUAAAUUGCUUUUCAAAGCAGAUUUAUAUUUGUGAUAUUUUAGAAUCUUAAUAAAGAUUUUUUUAAAAGCA